AGAGUUAGGGACCUAAUUGUGAAGAAAUACUAUUAAUGAACUUAAUGGCAAAUAUUUUCAAAGUUCAAGGACUUAAAAGAAGGGAAAUUAGGAUAAGGAUCAGCUGAUAUUUUCAUUCCUUUUCUUCCCAGCCAUACACGUUUCUGCUCUGCUCUUCUUCUUCGUGCAGCCCGACAAGCCCCCCCCAAAGCCACCGACUUCCUCUUCCUUUGAAAACCGAAAAAGGGGCUUGAAAUUCUCCUUCUUUCUUGUUCAAUAACAAGAUUUAGGACCUAGAACACUCUCCUAAACCCAGAAAAUCCCAUAUCUGCUCUGUUCUUCCCCUUGUUGUCCGUCGGCCUCUGCUAUCCGUGAUUUCUGGUCUUUUUCUGCCCAUGAGCCCCCUGCAGAAAUGCCGCCGGCUUCUUCUCCCUGCCAGCUCCGGUUUGCUUGCUGGAAUUCUGGUAAGUUGCCGGCUCUUCUAAGUCCAAUUUAUCCAUGUAGUUGUUGCCUUGUGUUGAUUGGGUUUUUGCUUUUGAAUUUGCCCUUUUGCUGUUCGAAACUUGCUGGAAGUAGGGGAUGAGUUGGCAGCCCUUAAAUGUGUUUUGUUGUUUAAAUUAUGUGGAAAUUACUUGAAUUGGCUGCUGUGAUGUUUUGUGUGAAAAUCCCGUGUGUGUGAGUAGUGGUUUGCCAAAGCCAUGCUCUCCUGCCCGUGAGAAAUGGGGAAUUUUGGUAGAUUAAGCUAUGUUUUUAAGCUUAGUUAAGUGUAAAUUAGCUUGAAUUGGGUUUUGUUGGUUGUGAGAACGUGAUGGGAAAAUAAAAAGGAAAUUGGUUAUUAAUUCUUGAAUAUUUUGAUUAGAUUCUUGAUCAUUCUGUCAGUUUAGUACGUGAAUUGAGUGCUCAGUUUUGCGGAGUGAGGUAAGUAAAUUUAUGGUAAUACCCGCACUGUUUUUAAAAGAUGUUUUGACUUGUUUUUGAAGUGGUGGCGGGACUAAACCCGUUUUAUGCAAAAGUAAGUAUGACUGAUUUGAACUGAAAAUUUUUAUGAUUUUUAUGGAUUUGAGCAUGCCUACUUGAAGUUCAUGUGAUUGUCCUGAUGAUUUGAAAGUUAAUUGUAAAGACUGAUUUUCUGUUAAAUUCAGCCUGUUUUGUGUUCGAUCUGGUCAUGUUAUUCUGUUGCCCGCUAGUGGGAGGUCAA